UUCUGUAAAAAUUGUUUUGUUAUUAAACAAAAACGUGAAGGCUCUUCUCGAGAGAGAGAGAGAUGCGUUAGAAGGAGGCGAGACAAUAAAAAUAAAAAUGGCGAAAAUCUCUUCUUUCCUUUCUUAUUCUUCUUCCUCUACCUCCUACCACGAUCCUCAUUUAUAAACCCUAAUUUUCGAUCUGCGAAUAACCGAAAAAAAAAAUGGCGGUGGAGGCGACGAAGGUUCUGUAUGUAGAGGUGGUAGACGAAGGAGAGGAUUCGUUUAGGUAUACGCGUCCUGUUUUGCAGAGUACUCUUCAGCUCAUGGGAUGCAAGGCCCGUCACGCCUUCAAGAUAAGCCGGAGGGUUUUUGAGUUGAUAAGAAGUGAGGGAUCUUGUAAUUCCUCACCAGAGCAUGGGAAGGAGCCUGAGUUUUCAAAAAAGAAGGGUGGUGGUGGUGGUGGUUCUUCAACUUACUGUUUGGUUGCUGAUGAUGAUGAUGAUGAUGUUGACAAGGAUAAAAGUAGACCGUUUGAGAUGUAUAAAAGACGGACAACUGUUUUCGUUACGCGGCAGGUAUUCUUAGAUGUUGUGUGUGAUGCCCUCGCUGAAUAUAAGUACGUUGGCCGUGACCAGAGAGCGGAUUUGAUUCUGGCUUGCAGAAUCCGCGAAAGGAAAGAAUCUGUUACUGUUCUGCUUUGUGGUACCAGUGGCUGUGGUAAAUCUACAUUGUCUGCAUUGCUGGGUAGCAGGCUGGGGAUUACGACUGUGGUAUCAACUGACUCUAUAAGGCACAUGAUGAGGAGCUUCGCUGAUGAGAAGCAGAAUCCUUUGCUAUGGGCUUCGACGUACCAUGCUGGAGAGUACCUUGAUCCCGUGGCAGUUGCUGAGUCAAAGGCCAAAAGAAAAGCCAAAAAGCUGAAAGGCUCGCGAGGUGUAAACUCCAACACCCAAAAGAUGGAUGCUGGAUCAAACUCAAGCACCACUGAGCUGUUAAGUGAUAAGCAGAUGGCUAUAGAAGGGUACAAGGCACAAAGCGAGAUGGUGAUUGACAGUCUCGAUAGGCUCAUUACGACGUGGGAAAAAAGGAGAGAGUCUGUAGUCGUUGAAGGGGUCCACUUAAGCCUUAACUUUGUCAUGGGGCUGAUGAAAAAGCACCCUUCUAUUGUUCCCUUCAUGGUAUACAUCUCUAAUGAGGAGAAACACUUGGAACGAUUUGCAGUCCGAGCCAAGUACAUGACGUUGGAUCCAGCAAAGAAUAAGUAUGUAAAAUAUAUACGUAACAUCAGAACAAUACAGGAUUAUCUAUGUAAACGAGCCGACAAACAUCUGGUUCCUAAGAUAAACAACACAAAUGUCGACAAGAGCGUGGCCACAAUCCACGCGACAGUCUUCAGUUGCCUGCGUAGACGCGAAGCGGGAGAGAAGCUCUAUGACGUAGGAACAAACACAGUUGCUCUUAUCGAUGAAGAGCACAGGAACCAAUGUGCAGCCAACUCAUUAAGAUCCAAGGGAAUGUUUCAGCUGCAAAGAACAGGCUCCUCCAGGCGUGUAAUGGCUCUUCUGAACACUGACGGCACUGUAGCAAAAACUUGGCCUGUGGGUUCCGUUGAUGAGAUUAGGAAGCCCGUCAUUCGUACUGAGAUGAGUUAUGGAACAGGGCAUCCUGUUAACGGAUACCUAGAGAAAGGUGAACCAGUGAAUCUUCAGUUCGGUCUCUUUGGGAUCAGCGCUUGGCCUAGUGAUGGCGCAACUAGUCACGCCGGGAGUGUAGACGAGUCGAGAGCAGAUUUUACUGAAACCGGAAGCAGACAUUACUCUUCUUGCUGCAGUUCACCUCGGGUAUUUGAUGGGCCUUCAAAAGAGCUUAAGGAGGAGCAGUCUGUGAAUGGGAGUGAUGAAGAUGAAGAAAUCGAUGAUGAGUUCCCUGAGCCAGAUUCUGAUGAAGAUAACAGCGAUAACAAUGAUGAACGCAACCGCGAAGAGGUUGGAUCGGUGGAUGAGGAAUCGACAAAGUCAGAUGAAGAGUACGAUGAUCUGGCAAUGGAAGACAAGGGUUACUGGACAGACAAGGAAGAAGAAGAAGAGACUCGAGACACAAUCUCCAUGGCGUCUGAAAACAACCACAAGGAGGCAACAGCGAAGCCCAAGAAAGAUGAUGACAAAUACAUCCAAAACCUCGACCUUUUCCUCAGGACAGUGAACCAACCAUUAACUGAAUCUCUUGAGCUUACGUGUGAGUACAGGAACAGAAUGCUUGUAGCAGCUUCGGAUAAAGCUAAGAUGAGGAAACGUUCACUUAGUAUCCCGGCAGUUGGGAAACACGGUUCAAUCAUAGAUGACCAGAUUUUAGAGAACCACACUGAUCCAUUUCUCUUGAAUGGCCAGUGACCUCUUUGCCUGUCUUGUUUCUCUUUUCGUCUUUUUUUUUUUGGUUUAUUAGUCUAUUAAAAUAGCUUAGUUUUCUAAAACGAUUGAAGUAUUUUAAGCAUACUGCACCUUUUCAACAGUUCACAUAAUCCGGUGAUCAUCCGGCAGAGGGAGCUUGAGUUUGAUUUUGUUUGGUUUA